GCGGCGAGGAUGCGGCAGCAGCGCAGGUGUGUUUCGCGCUCGACGUCUGGUAGGUGCGCCGCUCGAGUACGAGGUCCGGAGAGACCUAGUUGGUGCUAGGCUGGCCGAACACGUUGGCGGGCCUCGUUCCUGGCAUCUCAUUUCGCGCCUGCAUCCUGUCUUCUGUGGUCGGGUUCGUGAUAACUGGCCUGCGUCCGCCGGAGGCGGGAGGCGCCGCACGUGAUGGCACCGGCGCGCACACACACAAGUUCGGCGCUGGGGACACUCGGGAUCGAUAAUGCGCCUUGCUUAUCGGAUCUUGGUACUCGUCCAUGCACGCUGCUCGCGAGGGGGAGGGGAAUGGAGAGGACCUGCAAGGCAGCUAUCGUCUCAGCUAUCGCUAUCGGGUCCGCCGCCUUGCGGUGGGAGAGGAAAUGGUCCGAAGGCUGCACUAUGCCUCUCGCCGGCGGUGGUGCCUGCUUCUGCUACUUCUCUGUUCUGAUCAAGGCGGUGAGUUCGCCAUGUUGUUCUCUGGAAGUCGCAUCAGCUGCUCUGUCCGUCCGAAGGCAAGAAGACUGGGAUGCAGCGCACCUGUGGUGGCCAUCGCUGUAUUGCGGUUCGCCCGCCCGUGACAACUUUGGUGGCCAGGCUCGUGGGGCGAAUUUGAAUUCGCACUGUGGCGUCAAUCCGUCAGGCCGAACAAGGACAGUAAACACCUCGUAAACACUCUGUUUGUGUCGUACUUUCGACACUCUUGGCAGCGGUGCAACUCUCCUGCAUUUCGGGUCCGCCAACGGCUCGCGCUGGCCGGUCUGCGGAUACAGACAUGCCGAGCGCAAUGUACCUGCAGCAUGCUGCUAUGGGCAAAGGGCAAUGGUGUGCAGAAUCGCCGCAUGCGGUAGGUGGUGAUGGCGCAAUCCGCCUCGAGGCUCUCCUUCGGGCAGCUUGUGUACC